AAGAAUUGCCUAAUUAUGAUUGAGCUGACAAUGAGGAAAUAAGCGAGGAAGAAAAAAACAGGCAGAGCAGGGCUUAGAAAAGUCACUGACUCCAAUUUUGAUAAGAUUAACAUUUGAAAAGAGCAGCAGUUUUUUCUUUUUUUUAGUCUUUGUCUUCGUCUUCAUACUUUCCUUAGCAGGUGCCAAGCGAGGUUAAGAGAGAACAGUGAACAGGAACCAACCCAACAGCGCCUGAAUCGAAGAGGAGCCAUGAGUGAGAAAUCGCUUUGUGUGUUUUUCAUCUUGGCCUUUCUCCAAACAGGCAGUUCUGACAGUAGUGUACAUAUCAGUCAAAGACACGAGGGAGCUCGUCUGAAUGUGACCUGUAUCCUGACUGGACGAGAAAGUCUCACUCAAGUCGCCUGGGAAAUGGUGCAAGACUAUAAUUACACCAGUCUGGGUGUCUUUCAUCCCAACCUCGGCACCCACAUUCCAUCAGAGCAUGUUGACAAAGUACAGAUUAAGGGGAGUCAAUCUCCUCACGCCUGCUCCUCCGUUUCUCUGGACAUGACGGCAUCAAACAUCAGCGGAUCAAUCUGCUGUACUGUCACGACGUUUCCUUCUGGCAACCUGAAGCAGUGUGCUGAAAUCACCAGCGCCAAUACAGAAAAACCUGAAGCGCAGCUAGCAGGCCGUGAACUGGGCUUACUUGGACAACUUGGAGUGUUGAUAAUUGUCUCCAUCCUUUCUUUGGGGUUCUUCAUCUUAACAGGGUAUUUUUGCUACAGCUGUUGCUGUACAAGGAAGCAAGUUUUUCACGUGCAGCAAGCAAACCUUACAGCCCCACUGGCGUCUACUGAGACAAAUACAGAGGAGCUGCAUGAAGACACAACUCCUGGAUUUGACCCUGCAAAGCUUUACACAAAGAUCAAAGUGGAUCUUUAUUAUGGUCGCCUUUGGAAGUCCUACCAAGGCAGAGCCAGAGUCCCGACACAAGGGUCACCAUUUGCCCCGAGACAGAUUUACUACCGUCUAGGUGAAAGACCCCUGCCACAGAGAGAGGAAGAAAGCACACCCACAGGCACUGAUUCAAUAGCAGCACCACCAACAGACAGCAACUAAUGAAUGCAUCCUAAUUUAUUACGGACUACAAGCUAUCAUUUGCACACAGUACCUAACAAACAACAGCCCAUACCGCUGUGCAAGAGAAAAGAAAAAGAAAGAAAAAAGCAAUACGUAUAUAAAUGGUAUGUAAAUAUCCUGCUCCAGCACAUAUGUUUCAAUGUUAAAACUCUAUAAACACCGUAUAUUGUAUGUCUUUAUGUUUUAUUUCAAGCUGCUUAGAGAGCUUGCAUGAAUCUAAUGAGUACACUUUCUGUAAAAAGCUGCAUUUUAAUUCUGAAUAUAUUCAUUUUAACUCAUAUUGAAUGUACAGAAAAUCGAAAAGGAUUUUCAUGUUUAAUUACAUAAAACAUAUAAGAUAUGUUUUUUGUAUUUUUUAAAUGUGUUCUUUUCAUUCUUUA